GUUACAAGUCCCAGGCAGGAAAGGGGAAGUAGAGCGGAUCAGAGAGAAAUAAGUUUUCUUUAGUUGGUUCAGAUCUUUGUCAGAGUUCGUGUUGACUGCUCAGAGUCCAUGAACUGAGGCUUCCGUUUCAUACCCCAUCUAUCUUCUCUAUUUUACUGGACAUCAGAAGUUCUGGAAGGCAUGGCGUACCAUAAUUUUUUGUUGGAGCCCAUCAGUUGCCACGCCUGGAACAAGGACAGAAGCCAGAUCGCUUUGUGCCCGAACAAUCAUGAUGUCCACAUUUACAAGAAGGACGGAGCCAAGUGGACAAAGGUUCAUGAGCUGAAGGAACAUAAUGGCCAGGUGACAGGUAUCGACUGGGCCCCGGAAAGUAACCGCAUCGUCACUUGUGGCACUGACCGCAAUGCCUACGUCUGGACCCUGAAGGGAGCCCAGUGGAAACCUAUGCUGGUCAUACUGAGGAUAAACCGUGCGGCUCGCUGCGUUAAAUGGUCCCCCAAAGAAAACAAGUUUGCCGUGGGAAGCGGAUCCCGCCUCAUCUCGAUUUGCUACUUUGAGCAAGAAAACGACUGGUGGGUUUGCAAGCACAUCAAAAAACCAAUUCGCUCCACAGUCCUUAGUUUGGACUGGCAUCCCAACAACGUCCUGCUGGCAGCCGGAUCUUGUGACUUCAAAUGCAGAAUUUUCUCUGCCUACAUCAAAGAGGUUGAGGAGAAGCCUGGCCCAACGCCCUGGGGUUCUAAGAUGCCCUUUGGCGAGGUGCUGUUCGAGUCGAGCGGCACCACUGGCUGGGUCCACAGCGUUUCCUUCUCUGGCACCGGGAAUCGCGUGGCCUGGACAGCCCAUGAUAGCGUGAUAGCCGUGGCCGAUGGAGAGAAGACCGCUACAAUCAGCAGCUGCAGCUCAGAUUCCCUGCCUCUGCUGUGUGUGACAUUCAUCACCGAGAACAGCCUGGUGGCAGCAGGGCACGACUGCUACCCGGUGCUCUUUGUCUACGACGCGGGCAAAGGCUCGAUCACUUUCGGCGGGAAGCUGGACGUGCCCAAGCAGAGCGCCCAGCGAGGGGUGAGUGCCAGGGAACGCUUCCAGAACAUGGACAAGAAGGCCACGUCGGAGCGGGAGGAGGCCACGCUGGACUCUCUGCAUAAGAACAGCAUCAGCCAAGUUUCUAUCCUGGAGGGUGGGAAAAGCAAGUGCACUAAAUUCUGUACCACUGGAAUGGAUGGAGGGAUGGCUAUUUGGGACAUCAAGACCCUGGAAUCUGCUUUGAAAAAUUUGAAGAUUGCUUAACUCUGGAAUAACUGAUGCAACAAUACAAACUGAAGGGAAACUCCAAACGUGUUCCCAGACUUAAGCAUCAAACAUGAGAAAAUAAAACAAUUAGCCAAUGAGCAGACGUAUAAAAAUUGUCAUUAAGCAGAGAAUUUACUGUUGCAACCUGUUCAUGCAUAGAUGUAGUUUCAAGAAAUAUUAAAACCAAGCUCAAACUGCAUGGUAUAAAUUCCUAAGGAAAAAACAUUCCAGGUGUUAAAAUCCUAUUAAAAAAUAUAUAAUCAUAACUCGCUUAGUAUUACACAGCAUCAUAGAUUGAAGGAUCUUAUACAUUUUACAAUAAUUAUUCAGUUCUGAAACUAAUAGACAGUUUCUUCGCAACUGUGCAUUAAACAUUACAAGGAGAAUUUGGAGGAGAUGCAAUGAUAUGAGGAAAUAUUGUGAAACAUGCAUUUCUGUGCAUUUUAUGCUUUUGCAAAAUAAAUGGCUUUAGCUGUG